GCAAGCCGCUGACCCGGAAGCGCUCGCGCGGCGCGGCGCGUGCGUCGUUCAGCGGAGACGCCGGCCCGGGCGCGAUGGUCUUCCUCACGGCGCAGCUCUGGCUGCGGAGCCGCCUCACCGACCGCUAUUGGCGGGUCCAGGAGGUGCUGAAGCACGCGCGGCACUUCCGGGGAAGGAAGAACCGGUGCUACAGGCUGGCCGUUAGAGCGGUGACGAGGGCGUUUGUGAAAUGCACGAAAGCCCGGAGGCUGAAGAAGAGGAACAUGAGGACGCUCUGGAUUAAUCGAAUUACAGCUGCCUCCCAAGAACACGGCCUGAAGUACCCAGCGUUCAUCGUCAACCUAGUUAAGUGUCAGGUGGAGCUCAACAGGAAAGUGCUUGCUGAUCUAGCCAUCUAUGAACCAAAGACUUUUAAAUCUUUGGCUGCCUUGGCCAAAAGAAGGCGACAAGAAGGAUUUGCUGCUGCCUUAGGGGACGGGAAGGAACCUGAAGGCAUAUUUUCCAGAGUGGCACAGUACCAUUGAGGGGCACAUUGACACCGCCAGCUGAGGGACUUAGGAAAAGGUUUUAUCCCCCUGAUGACUAUAACUAAAAUAGGGGCUAAAAGUUAUUUGCCAAGAAUAUUGUUUGAUUUGCACUUGUGCUAAUUUACAUUUCAGUAACAGGUAUGAGAGAAAAGUCCUUUUUUUUCUUUCCAGCAAUACCUCAUGUAGAUUAUGCAAAUAAAGCUCCUGUUGUGGUCUGUGUGCUUUGGCUUGAAA